AUGUGCUUACAGCUUACUUCAUACUGAAACUAAAACAAAUUCAGUUUCAGUUAACUUCGAAAUAUUUAAUAACGUGAACAAAUGUUCCGUUACAAUAAAGAGAAGAUAUAUUUAUGAACAUGUACUUUAUAUGAACAAUUGCAGGUGACAUCGAGAACUUACAUAAAGUUAUAAAUGUAAAACAAAUAACAUGAUACCAAAUGUAAAAGAUAUAUUGACAUUAUUGAAAAUGUACAUAAAGACUUCCUCCGAAAAAAGAAAAAAAAGAAUGCACAUAUUCAUAUUCUAUACGGGAAACCCAAGAGAAAUAAUUAUUAAAUCGAGAAUUCUCAAAUGUUGGAGCAAAUUAUUUUCAGAAAACAAAACAAAAUAUCUAAUAAGUGUUACGGUGAUAGGUGAAACUCCAAAACAAGUAACAAAUGGUUGAACUUGAUUGCAAAAUAAAAGUAUUUGUUGUUGUUGUUGUUGUAGCUGUUGUAGAGAAUAAUGGAGCUUUUUCUUAAAUAAAAUGACGAUUUGAGUCUUAUUUUUCCAGUUCAAGAAUUGAUUCUACUGUACAGACAAUACGUCAUGGCUUCAGGGGGCUCAGAGGAUUCAGGUUUCUUGAAAAUAACGGGAAAGAAUGUAUCAAACAAUCAAAAGAAGAAGUCCAAAAUCCAAAAGGUAAACAAAACCACAGAUAAAUCUUCAAAUGAAAAUGAAAGUUUACAGCAGGAAAUAGAGCAGAUUUUCGAAAUGUUUUACAGUCAUAAAAUUGAAAUUGACGACCGCCAGAAUUUAAAAGAAAAAACUUUAAAACUCCUAUCUCUUCAAUCAAAUGUAAUUGAACGUUUAGGGAAGGAAAUACAAGAACUCAGCACGAGAAUAAAGACACUAGAAGAAAGGGAACAAGAGUUGAAAAAACAGUUAAUAAAGGCUGGAAAACGUGGUAAAGAUAGGUCUGAGUAUGAUCAGACAGAAAUUGGAACACUUAGGGAACAGAUAGAUGAAUUAAAAAAUACAAUAGCUGCAAAGGAUGAGGAAAUACAAAAAGCUAAAGAAACAAAAUUGAAUCUGUCGGUUGGAAUUGAAAAGCUAACGAAAGAAAUGGCAAAUAUGAAAGAUGAUAUAACUAAAAAGCACGAAGAAAAUAUGAGAGACAUGAAAAAUGAUUUAACAAAAAAGCAUGAAGAAGAUAUGACAUUAAUGAAAAAUGAUAUAACUAAAAAUCAUGAAGAAGCUAUGACAAUAAUGAAAAAUGAUAUAACUAAAAAGCAUGAAGAAGACAUGGACGCCAUGACAAGAGAACAUGCGAAACAGCACGAAGAACAGCUUGAACAGGGUAAACGUAUAGAAAGCAUGUUAAGUGAAAUGGCAAAGGAGCAGUCUAAAAAAGACCAAGGCCAGGACCAAAGUAUAAGUAGUCAACAAAAUAAACCAAAAUCCAGAUCAUCAAUGCAAAAUCGACCCUCAAAAUCUGGACCGAAACCUACAUGGAGCAGCAAUUUUAAAAAAAGCAAUUAAUCUGAUUUGGCAUUGAAGUUAUUGUUUUAUCUUCAUUUACGUUCAUUUACAAAUAUCAUUACAUGUUGUUGUAUUACUUGUUAUAUCACUCUUUGUUAUGAGAACUAGUUUAGCUUAUGCUACUUAUGGAAUCAUUUUGUAUUAAGCCUAUCUUACUCUACUGUAAGAUUGUAAGUUCAUAACAUACUUUAUGCAUUUGUUAUAUUUAGUUAAUUAAGUUUGUUCCUCAAAAUAGUUUUCGAUUAUUGUUGUUUGAUAAGCAUGUGUUUGCCAUUGAAAUUUAAAUACUUGCAUUCUGCACACAAUUUCGGUUGACAUUUCAAAGCAGUUAUAAUCUUUUUAGCUCGUGCAUAUGCGUUAUUAUAAUACAUGCAUAUAAUGAUUGUCAAUGGAAAUUAAACGUAAAACUGUUGUUAUUAUUUUUAUUUAUAUCAUUUUCUCAUGGUGUCUCUCAGAAAGAGUGGAAAAACAAUACA